GCUCUCUCAUCUCAUCUCUCCUAGAGUUCUAAACACUUUCUUUCUAGCGACCAAGUUUUUUUCACAAAGCAAAAGAAACAUAAAAGAGAGAGACAAAAGAGUCUCAAAACUCUCUCAACUCUCUCAACUCUCAAACCCUUCUUUCUACUCGUGCAGUCAUGGAAGCCAAUGUUGGCUUCCUCACAUUGUGCUUGGCCAUCACUUUGGUGCGUUUCUUAAUGAAGCGUUAUUGGCACCAAAGCAAGAUUAACGACAACAACAACAAAGUUAUCAAGCAACAUUACCCACUUCCUCCCACUCCCAAGGGCCUAAGGCCUUGGCCUAUUGUGGGCAACCUCCCCGAGAUGCUCAUGAACAAGCCCACAUUCCGGUGGAUACACAAGCUUAUGGAGGAAAGCAACACUGAAAUCGCUUGCAUUCGUCUUGCAAACGUUCAUGUCAUCCCCGUCUCCUGCCCCAUUCUCAGCCGCGAAAUCUUGAAGAAACAAGAUGCAACUUUUGCCACGAGGCCUCUCAGCAUCUCCACCUUCCUCAUCACCAAAGGGUACAUAACCACUGUUAUGGUGCCCUUCGGGGAGCAAUGGAAGAAAAUGAGGAAGGUCAUCACAUCCGAGUUGCUCUCUCCCAUGAGACAUAAGUGGCUCACGGACAAGAGGAUUGAGGAGGCCGACCACCUUGUUCGAUACGUGUUCAACCAGUGCAACAAUGAGGAGGGCAGUGGCAUUGUGGAUUUGAGACUUGCUACACAACAUUAUUGUGCAAAUGUGAUUAAGAGAAUGAUUUUCAACCAGAGGUACUUUACGGAGGAGAUGAAGGACGGAGGUCCUAGUGUUGAGGAACAAAACUAUGUAAAUGCAGUGUUCGAUAUGCUCAGGUACAUCUAUGCAUUUUCUGCAUCCGAUUACAUCUCAUGCUUGAGAGGCCUCGAUUUGGACGGCCAUGAGAAGAUCAUAAAGGAUUGCAUUAAGCUUACAAGAAAACGCCAAGACCCCGUCAUUGAAGAGAGGAUUCGUGAACAUCAGAAACUUGGCGGAAACAAGGUCCCAGUAGACUUGCUUGACAUUCUUAUCUCACUCAAAGACGCCAGUGGUCAACCCUUGCUCUCACCAGACGAGAUCAAAGGCCAAGUAAAUGAGAUGAUAAUGGCAGCAGUGGACAACCCCUCAAACGCAGCUGAAUGGGCAAUUGCAGAGAUGAUAAACCAACCCCACCUGUUCGAGAAAGCAAGACAAGAACUUGACGCUGUGGUUGGCAAAGAAAGACAAGUGCAAGAGUCAGAUCUGUCGCAGCUCAACUUCGUCAAGGCCUGCGCUCGAGAAGCCUUCCGCCUCCACCCGGUGGCGCCAUUCAACGUCCCCCACGUGUCGAUGGCCGACACGACCGUGGGCGAUUACUUCAUCCCCAAGGGCAGCCACGUGAUGCUGAGCCGAAUCGGGCUCGGCCGCAACCCUAAAAUUUGGGACGAGCCCCUCAAGUACAAGCCCGAGCGCCACCUCAAGGACGACGGGUCAGGUGUUGUACUUACUGAGUCAGAGCUCCGAUUCAUAUCGUUCAGCACCGGCAUGCGAGGCUGCGUCGCGAGUACACUCGGCACGAGCAUGACUGUGAUGCUGUUUGCUAGGCUUCUUCAUGGGUUUACUUGGGAAGCGCCCCCCAAUGAGUCGAGAAUCGACCUCACCGAGGCAGGUGGCGAGCUCCUACUCGCCAAGCCACUGCUUGCACUCGCGAAGCCACGCCUGCCAGCUCACGUGUACCAGACAUAAAACUGCGGCAAAUUGGCCUAGGGUUUCUGCUUGGCAUGGAGGAAAGAGUCGAUUUGAAUAAAUAAUUUGGCACAAAUUUUCAUACCAUCUUGUAUUAAGUUAAAUAAUGUGAUUUUUAUGUUUGAUAUGUAAUAUGGGAAUUUGCAUUAAUACCAGCCUUUUUGUAA